UUUUAACAACAGAUGAUUCAUCAAGUUUCACCAUUAAUCACACCUUUACAUCAAGAGAAGGCGUCCUUUAAUUUGCUCGUUGGCAGCAAGACUCUGGUUCUCUAAAUGUCAAGGUUUGCAAGACACAGGACCCCUACGUGUAUUGGGACACUCGGGGACGUGUCGUAUACGAAUACAUUUCAUACAAGUGCGAAAGAGCCCAAGAUAUUGAGAUAAAUUUCACGGCUACGGGAAUUGGACUGUCACGUGUUCUUGACAUACAGCUCUAUGAAACUUUAAUUCCUGUCACAGGAUUGCAUUCAACAGUGAGUAUGACAACUGCAUUAUCUCCAAGUACCAUGCCAGUUAGUCCACUGAUUGAUCCAUCUACCGGAGAACCAGUAAACAUGGAGACUACAAUUCUCCCAAGUAUUAUGCAAGAAGAUGGAUCAGCAGACGUAUCAACUAAGGGUGCAGUAAACAUGGAGAAUACAAUGUUCCCAAGUACUAUGCAAGAAGAUGGAUCAGCAGACGUAUCAACUAAGGGUGCAGGUUUGUAUGUGGGAGUCGGCUGUGGAGUGGCGAUUAUUUUCAUACUAGUCGUCGUAUUAUUGACUGCAACAGUGUUUCGAAGAAAGAGGCUCCAGCAUUCAAAAGCAGAAACGGAACAAGAAGAUAAGCCUUAUAUGGAUCUGAUGACACGUGAUACCCAAGCAUCUGUCUAUGAAACUAUAGGAACUAGUACUAUUACAAAGAAGGAGGAAAGUUCGUAUGAAAACCAAAACGUAGUAACACAACACCGAGUUAUGAAUCAAGUAACCCAAGAAGAUGAUCACACGUAUGAGAUGGCAAAAUAAUUUUGGGGGGUUGUUUUGUAUAAAAAUCGGAAAAGUUCAAGGUGGGUAAUAGACUAAAGGGCAAUUUUCUUUUAACUGGUCAGGGAAGCCUACUAGCCGCAUGGUGCGCCAUCUUCUCCAAGGUCAUGAUGGGGUGUUGAGUUCUUGUCCCGACAAGAAAAGAGUGUAACAUGGAUGGGAGUUAUGUGACGUCAUCCUAAAAAAAAACAGUGUUACAAAACGAGGAAAUGCGUUAUUUACGAGAUGGAAACUAGCAUUUUGAACAUCAUGGCGAUAUAAGAUAUCAAGUAUAUUGGUAGUUAUAACUUAUGAUUAGCACCCAUUAGAUGCAGAAAUGAACCCUCGUGCUUGUUUGCAACCUUCAAGAGAAGUACAAAGUUUUCCCUUAAAUGUGCUCCCAGUGUGGCAUCCGGAAUUCUUUUCAUAAAACCUGUUAUAGCUACAAAUUUACAAUAACAGUUAAUAGGUGCUGGAUUUCUUGAAUCUGGUUGGCUGAUGGUUAAUUUGAAAUAGAAAUUGUCCAUUUGUUAUUAUAACCAGUUUUGAUUAAACGAGACACAAUUCUGCAUCUUUAGAUGUGAAAGGUUGAACCUAGACAGGCAUGGAUCAAACUUGACACGGAUUUUCCAAUCAGGCUGACACCUUGCCUGGCAGUAUGGCAAGCCGUUUUAACAUGUAUUCACAUUUUCUAAUAUCAAGAAUUAUAUUUCUUGGUAUCAAGAAUUUCCAUUUAUUAACCACAUAAAAUCAUUUUUACAUCAAGAAUUCAAUUGUUGAUAUCAAGAAUUCAUUUCUUGAUAUCA